CACUGGGUGACACAGAGUUCUGUUCAGUACAGUAAGCAUGAGUCAGAGAAAAUACUGUUGUUGAAACUGUUGUUUUCCUCCUUAUAAAGCUCACACUAACCAAUACAGAGUGAUCCGAAAGCAUUUAGGAAAGGAUAAGAGGCAUGGACUCCACAGCUGGUCGGUGGACCAAGGCAUAAUUUCAAGUUGGGGAUUUCAUUUAAUCAGGUAAAGUGUCUGGGGGGAUAGGAAACCCAGGCUAGGACUCUGCUAACCAGCUCAGUUCAACUAUUGAUGGGAAAUGUGCUCUGAGUUGUUCCCAGGAAGAUGAAUAACUGACCCUUUCAUCAAUGUCCUUUGGUGUUUUUGACCAGCACUGUCAUAGCUCUGUGGUUCUCAACCUGGCUGCAAAGUAGAAUUACGCAGAGCGCUUUAAACAAUCCUGAUGGCCUCCCGGUCCCAUCUCCAGGGAUUUUAACUUCAGGUGUAACUUGAACAUUUGGAUUUUAAAAACAUCCCCAUGUCAUUUUAAGGUGUGGCCACUCUGGCAAACCCCUGGCAUAUACUUAAGGUUUUUCUAACAAAGUUUCCUCUUAAAAUCCACCCUCUUACUAUUUAGUUUUCUAGCGCUCCGUUUUUGUUUUUACAACUUUCUCCCAGCCGACACAUGCUUACAGCACAGGACGGUGACUUUCUACUUGCAGUCACACUACAGCAGUCCCUAAGUAGAAUCCAAGAGGUGUCCUUCGUUUAUAAGGAAUACCCCUGGCGAUGAAAGCGAUUCUCAUGCAGACAGGCUAAGAACACUGUUCAGUCCCUGCUGUUUCUCGACCUGUUUUCUCGGAUGGUUUCCCGUUUGCUGUUUUCUGAUUACAGAAUGUUCAAGGAGACAGCACGCGGUGGUUCUUCCCUCUCAUCUUCUUGUUGCCACUUGACAGACCUCCAAGUUGAAGACGCCAGGUCCCUGGGUGGGUCCUGUUUCUCAGCUCCCGGGGAAAACUCCAAGCCUGCCGCACCUACCGCUCAACUUUGCAGCACUCAAAGGCGCUUCAUUUCCACUUAAACUAAUCCAGAUUCCGGGAGGAGGAACGCCUACCUACGCCGCUUAACCAUUCCUCUGGCCUCCUUUCCCCCCAUUGUUUUGUUUACGUAAGAAAGCAGAUAUUUACAUUUCCACUCGGCGGCUCAUAGCAGGCCCCACCCUAGCAAAGAGAAAGCAAGGGUCCCAGCGUCCGGCGCCGACGAGCUGCUUUCCCUGCCCGGGGCCCCUCUUUUCCCUCUUUUUCGGAUCCCAAGGGCCCGUGAAGAUGGGGCUCCCGCCCUUACUCCGCCCAGCACCUGAGCGCUGCCCCGACUUCAGCUCGGGUUUUCAGCCCGCUGUGUCUUCACCGCGGAGGCCCACGCCGGGUCCCCGUCCCCGCGCGCCAUGAGUCCCGUGCGCCCGCGCGCCCGCGCGAUGCUGAGCCUCCUGGGCGGGCUGGGCCCGCAGCUGCUGCUGCUACUCCUGCGUCCUCCGGCUGCGUCGGGUGACUGCAGCCUUCCCCCAGAUGUGCCUAAUGCCCAAGCAACUUUGGGAGGUCUUACAAGUUUUCCUGAAAAAAGAACAGUAACCUACAAAUGUAACAGAGGCUUUGUAAAAGUUCCUGGCAAGGCAGACUCAGUGGUCUGUCAGAAUAAUAAAUGGUCAGAGCUUGCAGAAUUUUGUAAUCGUAGCUGUGAUGUUCCAACCAGGCUACUUUUUGCAUCUCUCAAAAAGUCUUAUAGCCAACAGAAUUAUUUCCCAGAAGGUACCACUGUGGAAUAUGAGUGCCGUCAGGGCUACAUAAGGGACCCUUCUCUCUCAGGAAACAUAACUUGUCUUCAGAAUUUUGUGUGGUCCAAACCUGAUAGAUUUUGUAAAAAAAAAUCAUGUCCUAAGCCUAGAGAAAUAGACAAUGGUCAUGUCAAUAUAACAACUGACAUACUACUUGGUGCGACCAUCUAUUUUUCAUGUAACGCAGGGUACAAAUUAGUUGGUGCAGCUUCUAGUUUCUGUGCUCCUGUGGGAAAUACUGUUGGGUGGACUGAUGAAUUUCCAGAAUGCCAAGAAAUUUUAUGUCCAGAACCACCAAAAGUUGACUAUGGAAUGAUUCAAGAGAAACAAAACAGUUAUGCAUACGGACAAUCUGUAACAUAUAAAUGUAUGGAAGGCUUCACCCUACAUGGAGAGAGCUCUAUCUAUUGUACUGUAAAAGAUGGCCAAGGAGAGUGGAGUGGCCCCCUACCUCAGUGUAGAGAAACUGAUGUCAUACCAACAGUUCCGAAAUCCACUGAAGUAAAUGUUCCAGCAGCAAAAAGUACAGCUGUUCCCAGGACAACCCCGCGUUUUCAUGCAACAGGCACACCUAAAGGAAGAGGAAGCGCUCCUUCAGUUGCUAGCACCGUUGCAUCGGGUAAGUGUGACUCUCUGAGAGUUCGCAGAAUUUGUCAUCGCUUUCGGAUAUAUAAUUCCUGGAAAAGAAUAUUGUUUUUUUACUGUCUUUGUUGUUGCUGUUCAGUCACUAAGUCGUGACCAACUCUUUGUGAUCCCAUGGACUGUAGCAUGUCAAGCUCCUCUGUCCUCCACUAUCUCCCAGAGUUUGGUCAAAUUCAUGUCCAUUGAGUUGUUGAUACUGUCUUAGGGAUACUAUCAGAAUACAGUAUGUGUGGGUGCCAAAGAGAAAACAGGUAAAGACAUCUUAUCGACAUGUUUGUGGGCACCGUUAGGUACUCAGUAUGUUAGAGUACUCACUAUGUUAAGAACAUUUCCCACCAUGUUCUUGUUCCAGGGUAAUUUUAGGAGAACUUCAAAUCAUUUGGCCAAUCAGUCAAGUAUUAUUGCAUGCCUAGUGGCUCACUGCAUCUCAUUUUAGUGCCUAAGAAUCACAAGAGGAGAGAGUUAUCAAUACAGUUUCUAUCUUCAAGUGUUUUAUAACUAAUUGUAAACUACUCAUUGACUAUUUCUAGAUUUGUCCUGUCCCAAGUAAAACAAAGAAUGUUACUUUUGGCUAUAUCUUCUUCCUUUUCCUUUCCCUGUCAGUGGUUUAAAGUAAAGUUUCUCUAGAAAAUGCUCUGUUGCUGUAGGCAUGAGACCAAAAACAUACCUGUUGUUGCAGUUUCUUCUAUCAUUUGGUCCAGUCCAUUUUUGUUCGUAAAUAUAUCAUCUGAUGUUAUGUAUUAACAAGAUUAAUAAGAUGGUAAGAGAAAUGUCUGUUUAGAAGCUAUACAGCUAAAUUGGCAUAUUGAUAAGUAAUGUCUAAUGGAAAAUACACAUAAAAAUUUGCAAAAAACACUUUGAUUUAUGUGUUUAUAAGCUGAAAGCUCAUCUUAUGCAUGCAUGAAUUAGCCAUGUGACUAUGAAACUGAAAGUAAUACUUGCUUUUAUUAUUUUCAUUGUUACUUAUUAUAGUUUUUAUGUUUUAGGCAAAACUUUUUUAAGCUAAAAGAUUUAUUUUGAAAGAUUCCAACAGUUGCAAUUCAUUUUGUCCAUUCUAUAUUUUAAAUAAAAAUAAAUGUAUUCUAAGUGAAAAAUCUCAUGAUCUAAUGGCUUAAUGACAUUUUUAAUAGAUGAAGUUAAAAUUUAAUAGAUGCACUUUUUCUUACCAGCUCAAUGGCAUUCAGUGAAGAUUUGAGGGUGCUUAUUAUUUUCUCUGAAAUUCUUUAAGUAUAUAUUGUGUGAUUUUUCCAGAAACUUUCUCUUAGGGUUAGUUGUAAUUCCAACCUGUGCUCAAAAAUAAAGAGGAAUUCCUUCCCUCUUAUAUCAGACAUAUGGUAAUAUUUUUCUUUGGGAUCUUACACUUAUAAAACAUAAACCUGAAAAUUAUCUUUACUUCUUAAAUGUAUUGUGAAUGAGGUCACUUUUCUCAUUUUAAAGAUAAACUUGACAACAAGGAAAUUGCUUUUAUUGAUUCCACUGCAAUGCACAGGAGUGACACAAAUGAUAUUAGAACUUUGCAUUUGAAUGCAAAAACUUUGAAUUUUUUCCUGUUUAAUUUUGCCAAGAAAUAGAGACUGACUGCUCAUCUCAGAACUUUAUCUGCUGUUUAAGUGAAGCCUGCCUUGUGAUUUUCUUUAAAAAAUUUUAUUUAUUUAUUUUUGACUGUCUUGGGUCUCAGUUGCCACAUGUGAGAUCUUCGUGGUGCAAGGGCUUUAUAAUUUGCUGUCCAUGGGCUGUCUGAUUGAGGCCUAGUUGCUCCAAAGCAUGUGGGAUGUUUAGUUCCCUGUCUAGGGAUCAAAUCCGCAUCCCCUGCAUUGGAAGGCAUAUUCUUAACCACUGGACCUCCAGUGAUAACCCUGCAAGGUGAUUUUUAAAGUUAUUCUCUGCUGUGUAUUAGUGUAUUUUCCAAAAACAAUGUUUUUUUUUUUUAUUACCCUCUCCCCCUCAAGGAUCUUGUAAGUCAUUUUUUCCUAAUCAUCCCUAUAAAAUAUUAAUACUAUAGAUAUAAUAUAAAUCUAUUUAUGUACUGUAUGCACAUCUGUACUUUAUAUGUAAAAAGUAAAAAAAAACAAAAUCAAACUUUUUCCCCUUUAGGGAUGAUACCAACCCCACUGAGAAUACAUGCUGUAUAUAGUUGUGGGGUUUUCUGUUUGUUUUUGUUGACAGUAUUUUACAGAAGGAUGACUUGUGCUUUGGAGUCAGUCAGAUCUUGGUUUCAAUCUUGUUUUGGACUUUUUUUUUUUUUUUCCAUUUAAUAAUUACUCAACCCAAGUGAUUUACUUAAUCUCUCUGAGUCUCAAUUUUUUCAUUUAUGAGAUGGUGAUCAUGAUUCUUAUUUAAAGUCUUGGAAGCUUAAUGAAAUAUGGGUUGUGAAAACUACUGGCAUAGUGCUAAAAAUUGGGUAAAUCUCAGCUUUAAUAAUUCUUUAUUAUUUUUCACUAUUAUCUUUCUGAGAUGGAUUUCUGACAAUUUUAUCGUUCCCUCUGGCCACAGCAGAGAAUCAGAUAGCCCUUUAUUAGAGUGACAUGUGCAUCUUGGGUCGGUGGUAAGGACUGCACUGAAACAUCCGUGUAUUAUUUCAUUUACUUCUCACAGCAGUCCUGUAAUGUGGCUGCGUCCCACCUUGUAGCUGAGAGGAACUGUGGCUGUGCAAGAUUCUUAACUUGCCCAAGGUCACACAGCUAUUAGGCACUUGAAUAGAGGGAGAUGAUUAGUUUCCUUAGCACUCAGUGCUUGAAAGGGUAGAAAAAUUCUUUUCCUAGAUCUAUACAACUCAAAUUUAACAAUUAAGAUAGUCCUGAUUCUUUAUAAGUGUUGCUUUUUUCCCCUUCAUUGCUGAAAUCCUAUGUUGUUACACUCAUAAGCUGCUUGUAGGAAUUAGUAAUAGUAAAGAAAAAAAAAAUUAAGAGUGCUCAGUGAAGUAUCUAAAGUACUUUUUCUUUUAAAUAUCACAUGCUUAUUUACUUAUGCUUUUAUUUUAAAUAGGAUUAUAAGGAAGAACAAAACCUAUUCACAGCUUUCUUAGUUUUUCAUAGUACAGAGAGUGCAUUUCCACUUUAUGGCAUGUGUGUAAGUGAGACCUUUUGAAAUGACUGGAUGAAUCCACAUUUCUUCAGGAAAGGAGGCAGCCUCAUUCUGAUUUGAGUUGUUCAGGAAUGGAGAUAAUACUCUGUAUAUUAAUGUAAUACCCAUCUAAUACAAAUUUAGUUUGAGUAAUCUCAGGUAUUUUUAUCGAGAAGAUUAUGAACAGUUAAAAUCAUGGAUCUUUACUAUUUACAAGUACCAUGCCAGUUAUUGGAGAUAAUGUGCUAAUAUGUGACAAACUGCUCUGCACUGUUUUAAGUACUAGGUAAAUAUAUUUCUACAUAAUGGGGAACAUUACUAAAAUACUCCUUUUACUUAGAGAAAAACAUUUCUAAAAUUCUGUGCUUUUCCUACCCAAAUGCUCCUUAAUGACACUGGAAUCAUAAUCUUAAUUUCAUUUAUAAUAUUAUAGUUUCAUUUAUCCCAGGUUGUUGUUGUUGUUCAGUCGCUCCUACUCUUUGCUACUCCAGGGACUGUAGCACACCAGGCUUCCCUGUCCUCCACUAUCUCCUGAAGUUUGGUUUGCUCAAGUUCACCUUUAUUUAGUCAGUGAUGCUGUCUAACCAAGUUGGCCUAAAUUGUUUUAGUCUUAAAUUAGUACUUAUUCACCUUUGGGUGAAUUUUAGAUCAUAAACUAUUGCUUUUAUAAAGUUUUCUUUGUUUUAAUUUGCAAAAUAGUAUUCUCAUUAAUUAUUAAUUGAGGAAUUAUUUAUUUAGAAUUAUACUUCUCAUAUUUCUGUAGUUUGCAUUGGUUUUCUGUUAAAACAUAAACAUUUACACUUUCUUUUAGAAUCACAUAUAUGUGCUGACCAGUGUUCUAAGAAUAUUCCCACUUUUGUCAUCCAAACAUUUGGGAUCACUUUAAAAUUUUUCGAUCUUCAUUUAUCAUUCAAAUUGAAAAUGGGAUUUUUCUGCAACAUUUGAAAAUGGUGGGAUUAAUGGGAAGUGGUAAAACAAAAAGAAACCCCAAAUUUUGAAGGAGCCAUGACUUAUUUUAUUAGUGUAAUCUUUUAAAUUAAUGCUAUGGUGCUAAGGAAUCAAUUAAAGAAAUUGGGUAAAAUACUGUAAAUUCUGUGGUAGAAACAGCUGUUUUUAAAAUUAUGUAUCCACAUGGCAGCUCAAUUAUGCGACAUUUAUUGUAUUUUGCUGAUUUGAAACUGGACACACUUGUUAGUCACAUUAGCUUCAGUUGCUUUUCUAGUAUCAUUUAUACUUUGUAGUACAGAUCAAAAAAAUAGAGUUCAAGGAUUUGGGAGGGUGUAGACUUAGCAGCAGCAGCAGCAGCAGUGAGGAGGAAAAGGGAUACUCAGGUGGUGAGGA